ACUGUCUUCUCCUGUUGGGGUCUAAUCUCUGUGUAAGCUUCCAGCUGGCCGGUGUCAGAGCUUACACAGGGUUAAAUAUGACCUCCGCUCUCCCCUUCAGUCCUGCACAGGUGUACCGGCUCCUCCCCUUCAGUCCUGCACAGGUGUACUGGCUCCUCCCCUUCAGUCCUGCGCAGGUGUACCGACUCCUCCCCUUCAGUCCUGCACAGGUGUACCAGCUCCUCCCCUUCAGUCCUGCACAGGUGUACCGGCUCCUCCCCUUCAGUCUUGCACAGGUGUACCGGCUCCUCCCCUUCAGUCCUGCACAGGUGUACCAGCUCCUCCCCUCCAGUCUUGCACAGGUGUACUGGCUCCUCCCUCCAGUCUUGCACAGGUGUACUGGCUCCUCCCCUCCAGUCUUGCACAGGUGUACCGGCUCCUCCCCUCCAGUCUUGCACAGGUGUACCGACUCCUCUCCUGGACUGGAAUGGCUUCCUCUGAUGUCACUGCACACUGGGAGCUUCUCUCAAUGUGCAUUAGAAGCUGCACGAAGUCAGAUAGAGCUCCGCCUUUUCCAGUCUGGAGGACGUCCAGCAUCAUCUUCCUCUGUAGUGACUCUUCCUUUCUAGAAGCUUUUCCUCUGUAGUAACUCUUCCCCUAUAAUAACUCUUCCUCCAUAGUAACUCUUCCUCCAUAGUAAC